AUGGUGCACGAGUUCUGGAGGCAUGUCUGGAUGAACUUGCACCCAAUCAACUCAAAUUUCCAAGUCCACUUAGCCAUGACUAUCAUUACUUCUUCCAUAACCCUGGCGGUCUGCGUAACAAUGGUCUACGCCAAACCUGUCGAAAAACCCUUUGGCACCUCCUCCUCCUUUCCCUCCGAGCCAGGUCUCCUGUAUCGCCAAGAUAGUGCGUUACAUCUCGCCAAUCACUCUUCAACCAGUGACCAGCAGUCAGUCCAGAUUGCAGGAAUAGACUGGGACACAAGUAAUACCCUCGACGACAGUUCAUGGCAGAGAUUCAAGGGUAAAGGAAACAUGUUCUAUUGCCUUAUGGACAUGUCUGAUUCUGUGGCUGGAGUUCAAUGGCCAGACCCGUUCAAAAGAGUGCCUCCCUCAGCAAGCAGUCCCUGGAAAGGAACUUUAGAAGAUGAACUGGCAACUUGGGGUUGGUUCGAAGGCGAAUACAACCAGGAUGUAAGCGCCAACUUCGGCGACAAAAUUCCCGAUGUUAAGAACAUGAUCGAAGUCGCACUCACAGCUUUGGGUCUAAGUACCACUCCCAUGAAAGACGGCGGUAAAAACAUCGGUAUCUCCAUCGAGCAUAACGAUGAUCAACUGAAGUACGAGGAUGGGGAAGAAGUUCCCAUCGAUGAGCAAAAUUACGAAGUCGACGGGAAAACAUACCCGAAUACUGGUGCUUGGUUCCGAUUUACUUUAAAUCCGGAACAAGGUGUGAUAUUCGGCCAAGAUUUUCUCGGUCCCAAAGCCGCAGCAAAAGAGAAUCUAGACUGGGACGUCAAGAAAGAAGAGCUCCCCAAGCUAAGUAUAGCAUCCGAUAUCCUAGCUGCAUAUUGGUUACGCAGCCCAACUCCUAAAAACCUCAAAUAUUGGUUCGGCCAAGAUGUCACGAAUGAGGAUACAGUGCCAAUCAUUAUCAAAAUCCUUUUAAAUCAUGGAUAUACUGAAGGCGUUCCAACUUGGCCGGGAUUACAAUUGAAUAUGCCGAGUGAAGAGGCGUUAGUACUUCUGGGCUCGCCCAUCGGUUCAACCGUAGCCUUCUUCCUUAUUCAGCACAAGGAAGAACUUGGAUUGAAACAUGUCUCUUCCAUCACCAUCUUCCGUGAUCUCAAGACCGAACCUGAUCAUAAUGCGGAAGUGCAACUUCUGUUUCAUAUCGACGACGUACCUCAAGAUGACGUAUUGCCCGAAGAUACGGAGAUGCUGGAUGAGGGUACAAAAGGAAAAUAUACGCGACGCGGUAUCAGGAGGAAAGAUAGCAUGGUAGAUCUGGAUUUGGGACGAAAUAUUAGCAGGACGCAUGAGAUGAGCUUGGGCGAGCGCGGCGAGACGGUGCUGUACAGUCAUGAGUUCAAACGGGAAUUACGAUCUGCUCGGCUUGGGGAUUUCUUGUCGUUUGUUCUGAUCAGAACCCAAGUGGAUAGCUGGAAAUUGUUGCAUAUACAAGAAGAUGACCGGAAAUAA